AUGGGACUCUGCUGCGCCCCCAGCCACCCACACGGACGCGCCCGGGGGCGGGGCCUUAUUCCGUCCCGCCCCACACCGCCGGCUUCGGCCUCCAGCGAAGCCUUCCGCUGCAGCAGCCGCGUCCCGGGGCGCCUCGGGAACCUAAAGCACCUCCCAGGUUCCCGGCUCGCUCUUCCAGAUCUCCCAGGCUGGUGCCUCGCUGCUCUUCCCUCCCCCGCUGCUAAUCAGCUGCGCAACUUCCCUUUAAAUAUCCUGCCUAUUCCUAGCCGACCUCAGAUUUCUACAGUAUUCCACACUGCAGCAUUAAAGAGAGGCCCUGAAGAGGUGCCAGGCUACACCUGUGUGCAGCUGGUUGGAGCCUGUGCAGAACUGUUCGGGGCAGUAAUGGCUGGAUUAAAUGACAGAGGAAGCCAGCUUCCCUGCUGUGAGGACACUUCGGCUGCUCUGCGGAAAGGGCCACGUGGCAAGAAACAGAUGCUUCCUGGCAACACUUUACCAGCCAGAGAUACGAAAGAAUUUCUUAAACAAGACAUGAAAAGCAUAGACUACCAUGGCUCCCAGGAAGCUCAGUCAAGGGGAAAGCAGAGGCUGGAGCGCAGCUUUCUUUCUACAGUACCGCACACCACGGUACGCACCACGACGAAGCCUUCUAGGCCCCGUCUGCCCCGCAGACGGUCCGAGCAGAGCGAUGACACGCGGCUCCCAGGCAGCCGACGGGAAGAGGGUGCCUCAGGGAUGCUGAUCUGUCGCCGGCGCACCCAGCGAAGGCCAAAAACCAGAGCGCAAAGGCGCCUUACACGCGAGGUGGGAAGCGGGGAAUCUCAGCAAGCGUCAGACCAAGGCUCAGAGACCCGCCUCCAAGGCCGCGCGUGCCAGAGGACUGCCCGCGCGCGCCCCGCCCACACGCGCCCCGCCCACGCACGCACGCAUCGCUCCGCCUACCGCGCAACUCUGGCCCCGCCUCCAGGAUUGACCGCCCGAGCCACCGUCCGCACAGCCCCGCCCCGCACGGCCAGGCAAAGCAGAGCCGGCCGUGCGGUGUGUGUGUAUGUGUUCGCGGGGCGCCGUCUCAGCCCCGGGAAGAUGGUGGCGGCGGCGGCGGCGACUAAGGCGAGGCUGAGGAGCAGGACGGCGGCGACAGCGCUUGCGGGCAGGAACGGCGGGCAGCGCUGGGACAGGGACGCGACCGGGGCUGGGAGGCCGGGGCUGGGGGCCGGGCUGCUCCCGCGGCUCCUCCCGCGGCUGCUGCUGCUGCUGCUGCAGGACGGCGGCGACAGCGCUUGCGGGCCGGGGCUGGGGGCCGGGCUGCUCCCGCGGCUCCUCCCGCGGCUGCUGCUGCUGCUGCUGCUGCUGAUCCUGCUCCCGCCGCCGCUGCUGCUGCUGCCCUGGGCAGCCGAGGCCGCGGCAGCGGCGUCGGCGGUGUCGGGCUCAGCCGCAGCCGAGGCCAAGGAAUGUGACCGACCCUGUGUCAACGGCGGCCGCUGCAACCCUGGCACCGGCCAGUGCGUCUGUCCCGCCGGCUGGGUGGGCGAGCAAUGCCAGCAUUGCGGGGGCCGCUUCAGACUAACUGGAUCUUCUGGGUUUGUAACAGAUGGACCUGGAAAUUACAAAUAUAAAACGAAGUGCACAUGGCUCAUUGAAGGACAGCCAAAUAGAAUAAUGAGGCUUCGUUUUAAUCAUUUUGCUACAGAAUGUAGUUGGGACCAUUUAUACGUUUAUGAUGGAGACUCCAUUUAUGCGCCACUAGUUGCUGCCUUUAGCGGCCUCAUUGUUCCCGAGAGAGAUGGCAACGAGACUGUCCCUGAGGUUGUUGCCACAUCAGGUUAUGCCCUGCUGCAUUUUUUUAGUGAUGCUGCUUAUAAUUUGACUGGAUUUAAUAUCACUUACAAUUUUGACAUGUGUCCGAAUAAUUGCUCAGGCCGAGGAGAAUGUAAGAUCAGUAAUAGCAGCAACACAGUCCAAUGUGAAUGUUCUGAAAACUGGAAGGGUGAAGCGUGCGACAUUCCUCACUGUAUACAUGACUGUGGUUACCCUGAUCGGGGCAUUUGCAAUUCAAGUGACGUCAGAGGAUGCUCCUGCUUCCCAGACUGGCAGGGUCCCGGAUGUUCAGUUCCUGUACCAGCUAACCAGUCAUUUUGGACUCGAGAGGAAUAUUCUAACCUGAAGCUCCCCAGAGCCUCUCACAAAGCUGUGGUCAAUGGAAAUAUAAUGUGGAUUGUUGGAGGAUAUAUGUUCAACCACUCAGAUUACAACAUGGUUCUAGCGUAUGACCUUGCUUCUAGGGAGUGGCUUGCCCUGAACCGGUCUGUGAACAAUGUGGUUGUUAGAUAUGGCCAUUCUUUAGCAUUAUACAAGGAUAAAAUUUACAUGUACGGAGGGAAAAUCGAUUUGACAGGGAAUGUGACCAAUGAGUUGAGAGUGUUUCAUAUUCAUAACGAAUCAUGGGUGUUGUUGACCCCUAAAGCAAAGGAGCAGUAUGCAGUGGUCGGGCACUCGGCACACAUCGUCACAUUGAAAACUGGCCGAGUGGUCAUGCUGGUCAUCUUUGGUCAUUGUCCUCUCUAUGGAUAUAUAAGCAAUGUACAAGAAUAUGACUUGGCUAAGAACACGUGGAGUAUAUUACAUACCCAGGGUGCCCUUGUCCAAGGGGGCUAUGGCCAUAGCAGCGUCUAUGACCACAGGACCAGGGCCUUGUACGUUCAUGGGGGCUACAAGGCUUUCAGCGCCAAUAAAUACCGGCUUGCAGAUGAUCUCUACAGAUAUGAGGUGGACACCCAGAUGUGGACCAUUCUUAAGGACAGCCGAUUUUUCCGUUACUUGCACACAGCUGUGAUAGUGAGUGGAACCAUGCUGGUGUUUGGAGGAAACACACACAAUGACACGUCCAUGAGCCAUGGCGCCAAAUGCUUCUCUUCAGAUUUCAUGGCUUACGACAUUGCUUGUGACCGCUGGUCAGUGCUUCCCAGACCUGAUCUUCACCAUGAUGUCAACAGAUUUGGCCAUUCGGCAGUCUUACACAACAGCACCAUGUACGUAUUUGGUGGUUUCAAUAGUCUCCUCCUCAGUGACAUCCUGGUAUUCACCUCGGAACGAUGUGAAGCACACCGGAGUGAAGCUGCUUGUGUAGCGGCAGGACCCGGCAUCCGGUGUGUGUGGGACGCAGGGUCAUCUCAGUGUAUCUCCUGGGAGUUGGCAACUGAAGUGCAAGAAGAAAAGCUAAAAUCAGAAUGUUUUUCCAAAAGAACUCUUGACCAUGAUAGAUGUGACCAGCACACCGAUUGUUACAGCUGCACAGCCAACACCAACGACUGUCACUGGUGCAAUGACCAUUGUGUCCCUGUGAACCACAGCUGCACGGAAGGCCAGAUCUCCAUUUCCAGAUACGAGAAUUGCCCCAAGGAUAACCCCAUGUACUACUGUAACAAGAAGACCAGCUGCAGGAGCUGUGCCCUGGACCAGAACUGCCAGUGGGAGCCCCGGAAUCAGGAGUGCAUCGCCCUGCCUGAAAAUAUCUGUGGCAUUGGCUGGCAUUUGGUCGGAAACUCGUGUUUGAAAAUUACCACUGCCAAGGAGAAUUACGACAACGCUAAAUUGUCCUGUAGGAACCACAAUGCCUUUUUGGCUUCUCUUACAACCCAGAAGAAGGUAGAAUUUGUCCUUAAGCAGCUGCGAAUAAUGCAGUCAUCACAGAGCAUGUCCAAGCUCACCUUAACCCCAUGGGUUGGCCUUCGGAAGAUCAAUGUGUCCUACUGGUGCUGGGAAGAUAUGUCCCCAUUCACAAAUAGUUUGCUACAGUGGAUGCCAUCUGAGCCCAGUGAUGCUGGGUUCUGUGGAAUCUUGUCAGAACCCAGUACUCGGGGCUUGAAGGCUGCAACCUGCAUCAACCCACUCAAUGGUAGUGUCUGUGAAAGGCCUGCGAACCACAGUGCCAAGCAGUGCCGGACGCCGUGUGCCUUGCGAGCGGCGUGUGGGGAGUGCACCAGUGGCAGCUCGGAGUGCAUGUGGUGCAGCAACAUGAAGCAGUGCGUGGACUCCAACGCCUACGUGGCCUCCUUCCCUUUUGGCCAGUGUAUGGAGUGGUACACCAUGAGCAGCUGCCCCCCUGAGAAUUGUUCAGGCUACUGUACCUGCAGCCAUUGCUUGGAGCAGCCUGGCUGCGGCUGGUGUACCGAUCCCAGCAAUACCGGCAAAGGGAAAUGCAUAGAGGGCUCCUCUAAAGGACCAAUGAAGAUGCCUUCUCAGGCCCCUGCGGGAAAUUCCUACCCGCAGCCCCUUCUCAAUUCCAGCAUGUGCCUGGAGGACAGCAGAUACAACUGGUCUUUCAUUCAUUGUCCAGCUUGCCAGUGCAAUGGGCACAGCAAAUGCAUUAAUCAGAGCAUCUGUGAGAAGUGUGAGAACCUGACCACGGGCAAGCACUGCGAGACCUGCAUAUCUGGCUUCUAUGGGGACCCUACCAAUGGCGGAAGAUGUCAGCCGUGCAAGUGCAAUGGGCACGCAUCACUCUGCAAUACCAACACGGGCAAGUGCUUUUGUACCACCAAGGGCGUCAAGGGGGACGAGUGCCAGCUAUGUGAGGUAGAAAAUCGAUACCAGGGAAACCCUCUCAAAGGAACAUGCUAUUAUACUCUUCUUAUUGACUAUCAGUUCACCUUUAGCCUGUCCCAGGAAGAUGACCGCUAUUACACAGCCAUCAAUUUUGUGGCGACACCUGAUGAACAAAACAGGGAUUUGGACAUGUUCAUCAAUGCCUCCAAAAACUUCAACCUCAACAUCACCUGGGCCGCCAGCUUCUCAGCUGGAACCCAGGCUGGAGAAGAGAUGCCUGUUGUUUCAAAAACCAACAUUAAGGAGUACAAAGAUAGCUUCUCUAACGAGAAAUUUGAUUUUCGCAACCACCCAAAUAUCACUUUCUUCGUUUAUGUCAGUAAUUUCACCUGGCCCAUCAAAAUUCAGAUCGCCUUCUCCCAGCACAGCAAUUUUAUGGACCUGGUACAGUUCUUCGUGACUUUCUUCAGUUGUUUCCUCUCUUUGCUCCUGGUGGCUGCUGUGGUUUGGAAGAUCAAGCAAAGUUGUUGGGCCUCCAGGCGUAGAGAGCAACUUCUUCGAGAGAUGCAGCAGAUGGCCAGUCGUCCUUUUGCCUCCGUAAACGUUGCCUUGGAAACAGAUGAAGAGCCUCCUGAUCUUAUUGGGGGAAGUAUAAAGACUGUUCCCAAACCCAUUGCUCUGGAACCAUGUUUUGGCAACAAAGCUGCUGUCCUCUCUGUGUUUGUGAGGCUCCCUCGAGGGCUCGGUGGAAUCCCUCCUCCUGGGCAGUCAGGUCUCGCAGUGGCCAGCGCCUUGGUGGACAUUUCUCAGCAGAUGCCAAUAGUGUACAAAGAGAAGUCAGGAGCCGUGAGAAACCGGAAGCAGCAGCCCCCUGCGCAGCCUGGGACCUGCAUUUGAGGCUGGGCCAGGGACUCUCCGUGAGUGAGCGAGCCAGGUGUGGCGUGCCAACGCCGUCUGCAGGGAGGGGGCAGGCGGGGAGAUGCUAUGCGAAGCGGGCCGAAGACUGGAAACCCUCGAAACAUCUGACUCCUCUGCAUGUUCACGAGCUUUCUUUGCCGGUUUCUCCCAUCUGUGCUCCAGCAUCUAACCUUUUACUUUUGCAUAGGACAUCAUUGAUUUAAUUGCAGGUCCAGGGGUGAUCCCGUUGUUGCUGGAGGAGGCCGGGGUGGAGCCAGUGGGAGAGCUGGGAAACGACACUCAGGUUCACUUGUGGAAAACUGCUUUUGGGGCCGUCUCAACUUGCAAAAAACAAAAGAUGUAGUGUUUACAAGUAGACAUUCAUCAUCUGUUGUUCUUGAACAUGGUCUUUUAAAAAUUAGUCAGAUGAACUUGUUCUCAUCUGAAGCCUGCUGUCUUUUAUACAAGAUGUGCUACUUAGUCUCGCACAGUGUAGGCAAGUCUCUCUCUUCCAGGGAGUAGCUUUUUUCUAGUUGAGAAUUAACAAUGGUCCGGCUCUUUUGAAUCAUAUCAAACUAAGGUAGAAAGGGGCUAUUUUAAAUGUCAAGGUCAGCAGUGUUACUUAGAAUGUAAACUGAUGUAGUAGGUAGUUUUUUAUAGCAACUUGAUUAAUUUAGUCUUAAUCCAUUUGAAAUUUUCUCCCUCUGUCUCUCUCUUCAUCUCUCUCUCACACACAUAGACACACGCACGCACACAUGUGCAUGUGCGUGUGCGCGCGCGCGCACACACACACACACACACACUAAGUGCCUAGACUUUAAAUAGAUCUAGCAAUUGGAAAGUUAGUAAGCCUAUGUUUUUACAUAAUUGCAUUCCUACAUUCUUAUAAAAUUUAAAUAGCUACCAUUGGCAAUCUGCUCUUUUUCUAAAAUCUGAUUUGCAGCCAGGAAAGAAUUUUCUCACCCCAGGGAACGUUUAACCUAGCAGCAGGGACUGAGAGGAAAGCGGAAAUGACCAAACUGUGAAAGCUCCUGUUUGUGUUGUCAUCAGAAGGGUCCCUAAAUAAGGUGUGGUCCUCGUGUGCCCCCUGCCCCCCCCAACUCUAGGCCUGAUGUUUGCUCCAGCCCUUCUGGCCACCCUGCCAGGACGCCACAGAGGAGGGGACUCAUUCAUGUUACACAUGUCCCUUGAACAGAAAAGAGCAUGACAGUACUUGGGACCCCUGCAUCAACAAGCAGCAGUGUGUUCCCGUAGCCGGCUCGAAGCUGGCGGGUCAUCCUCAGGCUGCUGAUGGAAUCGCACGCCCCAAGCCUGCAGAAGGACCUGGGAUUGUUUGCCUGUUCUGCUCCAGGAGAGGCUCAGCCCAGCACCCCCAUCCUCCUUCCCAGACCUGGGCGGUGGCUCUGGGCGGGGCAGUGGCCACUGCAGACGAUGAAAAGCACAUGGAGAAAAUGGAUGAGGAGGAAUAACUAUGCCGAGUGGAAAGUGACCAAAUUGAAGUGGGGUAGGGCAGUCCCGCUCUUCUCCCCAGGCCACUACCUGCGUGUCGUGUUGUCCCCGCGUGUGGUGCUCUAUAUUCUGGCAUCAUGCAGCGGCCUCCCCAGGUCUGUAUUCGCUUCACAAGUUUGGAGUUCAUUACCAUUACCCCAUAGGGAUGGACCUUUAGAUAAAAUGCUCAAGUGUGUGAAUUUGGAGAAAUUAAUACUCAAAAGGGCAAAGACUGCAGCAUUUCACCUUUAAAUGCAGCGCCUAGAGUAGGGGUGCUGUCUCUUCCCCAGCACCAACCCCUCACCCAUGAUGAGUUGCCUGGAAAGAUGUUUUCAAGGAAGUUGAACCAUAAAACACUGUCUGAUGCACAAAACACCUCUAGUUUGAGACUCGUCUCUCAAAAAGCUGCUUAUUCACAUCAUUGGUAAAGAGCAGACAAUUCUAGAAAAGACCCCUUCUCUUCUAAGCUUCCCACAUCCCUGCUCAACACCACGGCACCCACAGAGCCUGUCACAGAGUGGCGCUUUACCCCUGUAAUUGCCAUGAGGCCUCUUAGCAGAGAGAGGAAAGCCACCGGAGAGGGAGCUCCCACAAGGAAAAUCCUUGUUCGUUCAAAGGACCAGUGUUUCUUUGGCCAAAGAAGUCUCUUCCCCAUGGGUUCCCAGGCCCUUGAAAUAACAUGUACUGUGUCCCUUAGCCACCUGGAUAUUUUAUUUUUUUCUAAACGAUAGUUUAUUUUUAAAAAGGAGCAAGUGAUGGUUAAUUCCGCUCCAGCAGUGGAAAAGCAGCUGAACCCACCUGCUUCUCCUUUGCAGCCAAGAGUAAGCAAUGUCCUCCAGGCUCAGGCCAGAGAAGGGAGCGGCAAGAGGAAGAGGCAGUCAGCUUAGGAGCCAGUUACCAAGAGGGAAUCAUCUGGAACUUCAGAGAAAUGCCUGCGUGUCACAGGAGAGCCUGUAUAUAAGUUAAAAUUGUCAUGAAAACAUCGAUGUUGCACUUGUACAUAAUUAUACAGUAGUGUCCAGAAUGUUCAUUCAGAGUGUACAUAAAACAAAAACCUAUGUUAAUGUAUUUUUAUUAAAUGUGACGGUGUCUGAAUUUUACCUAGUAUGUUUGUGCCACAUACUGGAUAUGCAAGUUUGAAGAAGUCCUCUCGUUGGGCCCUGAUACACUGAUAACAAAG